AUGGCCGAUAACACCUCGGUGGGCCGGGGGGCCAGCGCAAGCGGUUUCCGUUCCAUCCAGCCUGAGGUUCAGAGUCGGCUCUUUGUCGCUUCGUACUCUCCCCUCCGCGACGUCCUCUUCCGAGGCAUCCACGUGCAAGUUCCGCCGUACACCCGGCAGCAAACACGACAGGCCUCGUCAGAGGCAGACGCCCGCUCGGCUACACUGUCGGCUACGCCGGAUGCGCCGCUCCCCAAGAACUUCGAUGCGCAUGUCCCAACCGAAACCGAGUCGAAACAAGUUGUCAAUGGUGGGAGCGAACCAGAAGCCGCCAAGGAACGAUACCGGAACCCGACCAAGGAGUUCUUCGAUCGGCUGAACGAGGGGGAGUUGGAUGAGCAAAAAUUGGCACAGACGGUCCGACGAGAGGGCGAGAAGAAGCCAUGGACUGAUCUGUUCAAACCGUCCGACCUUAUUCACGUAAUGGGUCUUAAUAUUCAAGGACGAUAUGUUGCACACACGCUAGCCGGUGCCGAGACGAUACCACCGCCGAUUUACAUGAUCAACCGAUUGAAUCUACUCAAGAGGUGGGUCAAGGCCGGAAAGUGCUUGAAGCUUCACAGGCAAAAGGAAGUCAUUGUCCGUGACAGGAUCAAGGCCCAGUUCACGCCGCCAACCCACGGCUAUGAUCCGCGGAAGCAGAAGGACGAACAUAUCAGCAACCUCAUCGUGACUGUGCCAGCUGGGCAUACCGUCGAAGCACUCGGCCAGAUCAAGCACCGACUUGACCACAACUCGACCAUUGUUCUAAUCCAGGAGGGACUGGGCGUCGCCGAGGCUAUCUGCAAAGCCUACUUUCCCAUCGAAAGCCAGCGGCCGGUGUUCAUCCUCGGCCACAUGACAACUGGUUUGGGAUUGGGCGAUGAGACAUUUGAGAUUGGUGAGGUGCGGCCUGGAAGACUUUACUUGACUGUUUAUACCCCUCAGUCUGACAAUAUCGGCCCGGCCGCGCCCGUUAUGAUCAAGAAGCACCCGCCCACCUUGUAUCAGCGGAGGGGGUCGCACUUGAUCAAGCUUCUCACAUCAAUUCCGGACCUCAAUGCGACUGGUCACCGAACGGACGACUUCUUGCAGCUGAAGCUACCAGCGGUGGCGUUCCGAGCGGUAGCUGAUCCUCUGGCGACAAUUCUGGAUUCCACCUACGACAAGAUCCCUGAGAACCCACAUGCUCGUCAGCUCAUGGACAAGCUGCUAUCCGAGGUUGCCGAUGUGGUUUCCCACUUGCCUGAGCUGAAGGGCUUGGAGCAAUUCCGCGUCGCCAACACCCUACCGUACAUGCGGUCGGAAGUGUUCCACAGGUUAAAGAGGAAGGGAACUUCUGACAGUCCCAUGCGCAGGUUGACUGCCAGGGGUUUGGACACUGAUAUUGGAUAUGUGACUGGCUAUUUCGUCAUGCGCGGCAAGACACUCGGUCUUUCCGUGAACGCUCUUGACAGUAUCUGGUCAGCCGUCAAGGCUAAGCAGAAGGUUUUGGCAGAGAGGAGGAAGAGGGAGAUUCCGUUCGAGGUUCCUUAUCAGCCGAAACUUGUUCCUCAUGUUCCGGAGCCGUAUACCCAUUAUCCCGACAGGCUCUGGCCCAUGCCUCUCAAAAAUAUUCUCAACAAGAUUAGAUGA